AUGUCAUGGAAUUGUAAUGAUACUCAAAACAUCACAGCUUUUGACAUUCCAAUGGGCUCUAAUCGAACACAAAUAUUUCUUGCACAUGGAGAAUUGACGUUGUUGGAAUUAAAAAAUCAUAUUAAUUAUAUCAGUGAUAAAUACUCGGAUAAUGAAACCACAUUUACACUUUUGCCAACAACUCACACGAAAUGUCAUGAUACGAUCGAUACAUAUAUUAUUAUUGUUCUUAUUGCUGUGUUGAUAAUAUCAAUUGUGUUCAAUAUCACAUUGUUUCUUUGGAAAAAAGGUAAAAUUUGUUGUGAAGGAAAUACCAAGAAAUCGAGUUCAUCGACUAGUAUUAUAAGACAUACGGAUGGUACACAAUAUGAAGAAGUUUUAUUGAGUGCUGCCUUGAGUGAAAUGGGUAGUAACUCAAUGUGA